GACCGCCAGAGAGAACUACGUUGCCCCUCAGCCCGAGAGGCGCGAGUGGUGGAAAACCUCUCCAUCAUACUCCGCCCUCGAGACACCAGUCCCCUCCAUGACGUCUUCAGCCGCGCGCCCGACGUCGGCUGAGACGGCCAUAGACACUGGCGGCUAGAGGGGCCCGGACUUGCCCUCCCAGCCCUAACUUCCGCCGGAAGUGCCUUCCAGCCGCAGGCGCCCUUCCUCUGCUGUGCGCUCGGGCUCCCCGCUCCCCGGUUCCCGGGGCGCGAGUAUGACCACAAUGGCGGCCGCCACCCUGCUGCGCGCGACGCCCCACUUCAGCGGUCUCGCCGCCGGCCGGACCUUCCUGCUGCAGGGUCUGUUGCGGCUGCUGAAAGCCCCGGCAUUGCCUCUCUUGUGCCGCGGCCUGGCCGUGGAGGCCAAGAAGACUUACGUGCGCGACAAGCCACAUGUGAAUGUGGGUACCAUCGGCCAUGUGGACCACGGCAAGACCACGCUGACUGCAGCUAUCACGAAGAUUCUAGCUGAGGGAGGUGGGGCUAAGUUCAAGAAGUACGAAGAGAUUGACAAUGCCCCGGAGGAGCGAGCUCGGGGUAUCACCAUCAAUGCGGCUCAUGUGGAGUAUAGCACUGCCGCCCGCCACUACGCCCACACAGACUGCCCGGGUCAUGCAGAUUAUGUUAAGAAUAUGAUCACAGGCACUGCACCCCUCGACGGCUGCAUCCUGGUGGUAGCAGCCAAUGACGGCCCCAUGCCCCAGACCCGAGAGCACUUAUUACUGGCCAGACAGAUUGGGGUGGAGCAUGUGGUGGUGUAUGUGAACAAGGCUGACGCUGUCCAGGACUCUGAGAUGGUGGAACUGGUGGAACUGGAGAUCCGGGAGCUGCUCACCGAGUUUGGCUAUAAAGGGGAGGAGACCCCAGUCAUCGUAGGCUCUGCUCUCUGUGCCCUUGAGGGUCGGGACCCUGAGUUAGGCCUGAAGUCUGUGCAGAAGCUACUGGAUGCUGUGGACACGUACAUCCCAGUGCCCGCCCGGGACCUGGAGAAGCCUUUCCUGCUGCCUGUGGAGGCGGUGUACUCCGUCCCUGGCCGUGGCACCGUGGUGACAGGUACACUAGAGCGUGGCAUUUUAAAGAAGGGAGAUGAGUGUGAGCUCCUAGGACAUAGCAAGAACAUCCGCACUGUGGUGACAGGCAUUGAGAUGUUCCACAAGAGCCUGGAGAGGGCCGAAGCCGGAGAUAACCUCGGGGCCCUGGUCCGAGGCUUGAAGCGGGAGGACUUGCGGCGGGGCCUGGUCAUGGUCAAGCCGGGUUCCAUCAAGCCCCACCAGAAGGUGGAGGCCCAGGUUUACAUCCUCAGCAAGGAGGAAGGUGGCCGCCACAAGCCCUUUGUGUCCCACUUCAUGCCUGUCAUGUUCUCCCUGACUUGGGACAUGGCCUGUCGGAUUAUCCUGCCCCCAGAGAAGGAGCUUGCCAUGCCCGGGGAGGACCUGAAGUUCAACCUAAUCUUGCGGCAGCCAAUGAUCUUAGAGAAAGGCCAGCGUUUCACCCUGCGAGAUGGCAACCGGACUAUUGGCACCGGUCUAGUCACCAACACGCUGGCCAUGACUGAGGAGGAGAAGAACAUCAAAUGGGGUUGAGUGUGCAGACCUCUGCUCAGCUUCCCUUGCGUUGAAGGCCUGCCCUAGCCAGGGCUCCCUCCUGCUUCCAGUACCCUCUCAUGGCAUAGGCUGCAACCCAGCAGAGGGCAGCUAGAUGGACAUUUCCCCUGCUCGGAAGGGUUGGCCUGCCUGGCUGGGGAGGUCAGUAAACUUUGAAUAGUAAGCCA